AUGCUAGGGAAAAGGAAACUUGCUGAUACCCAACCCCAAAGAAAGAAAAAAAACUGGGCUGAAGAAUUAGAUAGCGAUUCAGAAGAUAUUGAUUUAGACUAUUUAAAUAAUUUAGACGAGAAUGAUAAAAUUCAAUUAGAAGAGGUAAGUGACAAGGAAGAAGAAUUGUUAGAAGAGGUAGAAAAAGAAGAGAACACAGAAAAUAAAGAUGAAUCACAAAAUGAGGAUGAUGCAAUAAAUGACAGCAAUAAUAAUAAAAAUAAAAAACGGCGUUAUGAUUGGAUGAGUAGUGACGACGAAGAUAUACCAAGUGAUGAUGAAGAAGAAUACAUUGAAGAAAAUGAUGAUAUUGAAGAUUCUGAUAAUAAUAGAGAGAAUCAGAAAUAUAAAAAUAGAAAGGAAGAAAAUAAUGAUGAUGUUAAAAAUAAUUAUAAUAAUCCUAUAGAUGGAUAUAAAAAGGAAAUUAACAAAAUUGAUGAUAUUGAAAAUGCGGAAAAUGAAAUAAUUGAAAAUAUAAAUAAAUAUUCAAUAGAUCAAAUAGACAUAAAAUUCGAAGAAAUUGAACAUAUUGUAACUUAUGUAUAUUUUCAUAAUAUUCAUUUUGAUUGUAUGACAGAAAAUUUAGUUACAUUUUUAGAAAAUCAUACUAAGAAUAAGAUUAUACAAAUUAAUUCAGAUAAAUCAACCAAUCAUGCAAUUAUAUAUAAAUAUGAUGAAAAAAAUGAUGACAAAGUUGUCAUAAAUAAGUUUUCCCAUUAUGGAAAAUUGUUUGUUCAUGUUAAAAAUUAUCAAGAUGUUCUUAGGCUCCUGAAAUUAAAUGAAACACAAUUCAUGGGGAGAAUAAUCAAAUCGGCGCAAGCAUACCGGAAAAAAGAUUGUUUUUUUACUUUGCAAACACCAUCUCAUUACAAGUAUUUUAUCCAGGUUGCAGUUAAUGAAAAAAAUAAAAAUAAUUCAAAUAACACAUGGUUGAGAUAA